GCGAAGUCAAUUCAUUUAAACUACUUUAUCCAUGAUCAAAAGAUAAAAUUGGCGGUACAUAUGUACUUGCAAGUAUUAUUAUAAGAGUGUUUUAUAAAAUAGUGUUUCUGUAUCGUUUUCAUCCUAACCAAAACAAUAAAUGCUACGAAGUUAUAUUUAUGUAAAACAAAAUAGGAAUAUAUUUACUGUAUGAAGAUAUAUAGAAAAAUGUAUAACGUACGCAGAAUUAUUUUGUCUUGAUACUUUAUGUUCGAUUAAGUACGUAAACAAAAUAUAUUAAAGACGUUACAAUUAGUAAAAUACAACUUGUUAAAAAGAUUAAAAGAUCGAAGUAAAAAGUUAAAAUGUCUAUGAGAUUAAGUAAAUGUUCAGAUCAUGAGAUAACAAUCAUUCUUGAUACAGAAUCAAAUUCUGAUAAAGAACAAGAAUCAUAUGAUGAUAUUACAGCAGCUAAGAUACAAAAAAAGAGAAAAAAUGUUAUAGAUAUAUCUCCAGACACAAAAAAUGUUCUAAAUAUAUCUUCAGAAUCAGAAAAUGUAUUUCAAAAGUUUAAGUAUACGUUGCCAAAAAAUAACAUCUUACAUAAAGACCAAGUUUCUCUUAAAAUUAAGCUUAGGAGAUCUACAGAGAAAAGUUUAUAUAAAAUUGAUACAGAUUCCGAGUGUGAAAAUUCUAUUCGUAGAUCUCGCAGCCGACUUCAAAGACAGAGGAAAAAAAGUAAUCCAGAAGUAGAGAAUAAAAAAUCAUAUAUUGACAAUAAAGAUAAUUCUAUAAAAAAUAAUGCAAAUGAUGAUAGCAAAUUGAUACCAGGAGAAAUUGAUGGUGAUAUAUCGAGGAAAGGUAGAAAUAGAAGACCACCUUUAAGGCUUUCUUAUUACGAGUGUGAUACAAUACGUAGAAUAAAUUCCCCAUCUUUAAGGGAUAGAAAAGCCAUUAAUUAUAACGAGGAUAAGUUAUUUAUAAAUUCCAUUGUAUCUAAUAUGAAGAAUAACAAAAAAUUAUUAAACCAGCAAAAGAAAGAAACUCCAAACAGUUCUAUUGACAAACAGAAUUUAGAAGUUAAACCUGUAUAUUCAAAUACAAGAAAUAAUAAAAGAAAUCGUAUUCUAUCUGAAAAAGGUGAAGAAAAUGAUAGUAGCACAGAUUCUAAAACAUCCAAAGCAAAGUUAUUAAAAAAGUCCAAUAAAUCCAAGAGUACAAACGAUAAAUUGGAUCAUGCUCCAACAAAAGAUGAGGAAGAUGUUAGUGAUAUAGAUUCUAAAAUAUCCAGAGCAAAGUCAUUAAAAAGAUCUAAUAAAUCUGAGAGUAGAAGCGAUAUGUUGGAUCAUGCUCCAACAAAAGAUGAGGAAGAUGUUAGUGAUAUAAAUUCUAAAAUAUCCAGAGCAAAGUCAUUAAAAAGAUCUAAUAAAUCUGGGAGUAGAAGCGAUAUGUUGGAUCAUGCUGCAAUAAAAGAUGAGGAAGAUGUUAGUGAUACAGAUUCUAAAAUAUCCAGAGCAAAGUCAUUAAAAAAAUCCAGUAAAUCUGAGAGUAGAAGCGAUAAGUUGGAUCAUGCUUUAAAAAUACAUGAAACAAUAAAGAAACAAGAUUCGUCAACAUCUACAAAUAGUACACCUGUUAAAUUAGUUAAACAAAAAAGAGUAAUUUGUGAAAAUACACCAAAACAGAUUCAAUCUGUUGGUAACAAUGACAGUGAUACUGAGGGAGAAUGUUUAGCCAAUACAUAUAAACGUAUUAAAAUUUCAUCAGCAGUUAAAAAUUCUGCUAAUUCUACUAACUCUACACCAGUUAAAAUAAAUAAGCAAAAAGGAGUAAUAAAUAAUAAGAAUAACAAUGAUGCAGAGGAUGAAUAUUUGUCUGAUAUGUAUAAACGUAUUAAAAUUUCAUCUGCAAAGAAAAAUAUCUUAACUCCACAAACAAGAAAUAAUAUGCAGAAUAGCAUAGAGUCAUGUCUAGAAAAAACUCAUUUGAGCACUCCAAAAUCUCGUCCAAAAUAUAAUAAUUUAACACCAUCAUUGAUAAAAAGAAAAAGUGCUCUAUUAAAACCAAAUACACCAUUACAGGAAGCUAGAUCUAGAUUACAUGUUAGUGCUGUACCAAAAUCUUUACCUUGUAGGGAAGAAGAAUUUAAUAAUAUUUUUACAUUUCUUAGAGGAAAGUUAGAAGAUAAAAGUGGAGGAUGUAUAUAUAUAAGUGGAGUACCAGGGACAGGUAAAACUGCAACUGUAAAUGAAGCUGUUAGAUGUCUGCAAAGGUUGAUAGUUAAAGGUCAGUUGGAUGAUUUCGACUAUGUUGCAAUUAAUGGGAUGAAACUAACUGAACCAAGACAAGCUUAUGUGCAAAUUCUAAAGCAGCUGAAUGGUAGAACAGCUACAUGGGAGCAAUCAUACCAUACACUUGAAAAAAGAUUUCAUAGUAGUGCUUCUAAAAUGACAUUGCUUCUUGUAGAUGAACUCGACUUGUUGUGUACAAAACGUCAGGAUGUUGUAUACAAUUUAUUAGAUUGGCCAACAAAAUCAACAGCACAGUUAGUUGUUAUCACUAUAGCAAAUACUAUGGAUUUACCUGAGAGAGUUUUGAUGGGUCGGGUUACAUCGCGUUUAGGCCUAACACGAUUGACUUUUCAACCUUAUAAUUUCAAACAACUACAGGAAAUAGUCACGUCUCGACUUAAGGACUAUGAUGGUUUUAGAAGUGAAGCUGUACAACUAGUUGCAAGGAAAGUUUCUGCUGUAUCUGGAGAUGCUAGACGCGCUCUGGAUAUAUGUCGUCGUGCUAUGGAAAUCGCGGAAUUGCGAAAUGCUGAAACGAUAUCUCUUCAAGAUGUAUCGGAAGCUGUAUCCGAAAUGAUUGCAUCGGCAAAAGUUCAAGCUAUAAAACACUGUUCAAAAGUGGAAAAAAUAUUUUUGCUUGCUGUAUCUGCAGAAGUUACGCGAACUUCGAUCGAAGAAGUAUAUUUUAAAAAUGCAUAUAGACAAGUUGAGUCAUUAUGCUCUUUUGACGGUAUCGAAGUACCUACCAUAACGGAAAUACUUGCUGUAUGCGCAAGAUUGGGUUCCAAUAGAUUGUUAAUAUGCGAAAACUCGAAAAAUGACAUACAUCAAAAGAUUUUAUUGAACGUUUCUACGGAUGAUAUUCACUAUGCAACUCAGGAAUUAGAUUUAAAUUGAAAAUAGAUUAUAAUUUUUUAAAUAGAUGCAUGUGUGUCACGCGCGCGCGUGUGUGUGUCUUUGGAUAAUAUGUUAUGUGCUUCCUGAAAAGUGCCUUAGUAUAUGAAGUAAUCUAUCAAAUUUUUAAUUUUUUACUCUAUUGCAACUAACAUUUAUGAAUUUUUGUAAUAUAAAUUAUUGUA